AUGGCUCCCAAAAAACAGCAAAAGACAACGGAGGACAUCGGGCCCUAUCUUGAGAAGAAAAAUGACAGUCCUGGUAGCAGCAGCAGAGGGAGCUCACUGCCAGAGGGAGCUUCAACCUCUCAGGAUCCACAUAAACAUCGGUUUAUGGUGGAAUUCAGUCCAGGUGAUAACUACACCAUUAACUGUGAUCAACCUCGCACAGUGCUGGAAGCCAUAACAGCACUAACUGCAUAUAAGACGAAGAUUAAAUGUAAAGAUAACAACGUUAUCAUUAAGAUGGGUGCAGGAGAUAAUGAAUCUGUUGUUGCAACACAUUUUCCUUGUUCUUGUCUUGGAGAUGAUGAGGUUCUGACCAUAUCAUGUACAAAAAAAGUGGUAGAAAACGCUAAAGAUAUUGAAGAAGUACUUCCAAAAGCUUACUAUUCUGUCUUCUACAUUGAAACAAAGGGAGGGAAAAACCUCACAUCAGCACAUUUUUUCAAAAACAACAAAGUGGAGAAAUUCAAAUAUGUCUGUGUUUAUGGAAAGAUAGGGAUAACUGUGGAGGAGGCUCUGAAAAGAGAUGGUCGCUUCAUUGAUGACCUCAGGGACUUCGAGCUGAUCAACAACAUAAAUAACUCUAAGACUGAGUGCAAAGACAGGAUUGAUGAUCAUGUUGUUGGCAAUCAGAAAUUCAAGAUAUGUCGUUCACGUCAAAAUGAAACUGAAACAAAAAAUGUAACUCAAAAAGCCAACCUUAAGCAACAGAAACAGCAGAAACCUCCAAAUGCAUCAACUAAUUCACAGCACAAGACAGAAACAAGCUCAGUUUUAGCUGUAGCACAGCAGAAGGGGAUCAAUGUGAAAAAUGCAAUGAACAGUGAUAACAGAGACGAGAUUUAUAAAAUCCUGCGUAAGCAGUUUCCAGAGCUGAAACAGUGGAUGGAGAGUAGAUUCUCUGGUAGUUCUUACAAGGAUGCACUGAAGCUGAGGAAGGAAAACUUUGGAAAGAUCCAACAAUCUUUUAGUGAAGUUCACAGAGUGAAGAAGCUGCUAGAACUGGGCAAGUCAGUUUGCAAAAUCUGUGUUAAGGCUGUUUCUACGGGAACCGGCUUUGUGCUGUUUGACACUUUCAUUCUGACAAACGCACAUUUGUUUACUGGUUAUUUUGAAGGAAAGAAGCUGCAGCAGGAUAUAGAAGUGUAUGCUAUAUUUGACUACGAGGAGCAGGAGCCAGAGCCAGAAACAGAAAUAUUCUCCUUUAGAGCAGAGAAUAGAUUCAUUGACUUUGAUGCUGAGCUAGAUUAUGCAGUUCUGGAGCUCAACCCUGAAGGCUCUCAACCAAACCAGCAAACAGAAGCAAAGAACAUAACGGUACCAACAGGGUUGCUCAGCAAGUUUGGUCCACUGCCUCCCAAUGGUGAGGCCUGUAUCAUUGGACACCCAGCAGGGGGAGUGAAACAAAUGGAUCCUACAUGUAUCAUUGAGACAAAGAAUAGAGGGUCAGCUAUUGAUGAACAUUUACUUCAGUACAAAGAGCCUUUAAUUAUUCAGCUUAUCAGUGAUUUAAUCCGAAAACAAGGUAUUGAAAAUAUACUGAUUGGUGGGAGUAAAGCAGGAGUCAGCACCUACCACACUUUCAUGUAUCACGGUGCCUCUGGUUCUCCUGUGUUUGAUGGUCUUGGCAAAGUUUUUGGUUUGCACACAGCAGGAUAUGUCUAUGGAUUUACAAAAGCUCGAGAGAGUGUGAUUGAGUAUGCCCAUCCUUUGAUUGUAAUAUUUGAAAAAUUUGUGAGUAAUUUGAAGGACAGUGGAAAUGAGGAGCUGUUAAAAAGAGUUCAGGAGGCAGCUGAGGGAAAUGAAUUGCUGACAGAGGUGCUCGAGAGAGAGCAGGAAGGGGAGCAGCCAAUGGACAUCAGUGAAUGACAAUAGAAGAUCCUCCAGAGGCAAAACAAUUAUGACUUGCUAUUAACUCUGCAGGUGCUAAAAUCACAUUAUUUCACACGGUCUUGAAAAA